CCCUUUAUGUUCUGGUAAUUAUAAUAACCCCUCAAUUAUGUAUUUACCUACUAAAUGAGGGAUUUUUUCAUUAGACAAUACAUAGUUAGGGGAGUGGUUAUAAUUAUACAAACAUAAGGGGUCUUUUUGUCAUUUAAAGUUACUUCGGGGGGCUCGCCAUAAUUUGCCCAUAAACUUAUUACAAGGGAAUCUGAUUCGAUCAAAAGUCGGCCAUUUUCUUACCUUCGAAAAGAAUUAAUUCUGUCCCAUCCAAGAAAUUUCACCAAUUUAUUCUGGUUUUUUUUUUUUUUUUUCUUGCUCACCCAAAAAUUUCUGAUUUCUAAACAGAUGGCAAUUUCAAUGGCAUUCAAUUCGACUAAUUUUAUAUAUAAUAGCAGAAAUUUCAUCAAGUGUAUGCUGUUUAGAAACCCCUCCUACACUCUUCUCAGUAGCGCUGCUUCAAUUCCCUCACCAAAUUCAGUUCUCGAUUUGAGACACAAUCCCUUCAGAUGUUCGAACCUCCGUACAUUUUCAUCGUACCGUAGCAGCAGCAGCAAAAGUAGCAUCGGCGCGAAGAAUUUAUGUGCAAUUGCAACUGACCCAAUGAAGGGCGAGGCUAAAAUGACGGUGACAGCUGAGCCAUUCAUCAAAGACGGUUGCUUUAUGGUUAAUGGGAGUGUUGUGGUGCUGACACGUGUCCCCUCAAACGUCGUCGUUUAUCCGCUGAAUGAUGGUUCUUCGUCUUCUUCUCCAUCGUCUGCUGCGUUUAUUGGCGCCAGCUCCAGUGUUCGUAGUUGCAGACAUGUUUUUGGUCUUGGUGUUCUUCAAGAAUGCAAGUUUACGUGUCUCUUCAGACACAAAAUUUGGUGGAUGAUACCCCGAUUCGGGAGUUUCGGAAGCGAUAUUCCCAUUGAAACACAAAUGCUGCUCUUGGAAGUGAAGGAAGAAUCUCUCGACAACACUUCAUACGUUCUGUUAUUGCCAGUAUUGGAAGGGGCAUUUAGGGCAACGUUGCAAGGUACUUCUGCAAAUGAACUCGAGUUCUGUGUUGAAAGUGGAGAUGUUAAUACCCAAACGAGUCAAGUAUCGGAAGCCGUUUUCGUAAAUUCAGGGAAUAACCCGUUUGAGCUCAUAAAUGAUUCUAUCAAGAUACUUGAGCGGCACAAAGGCACCUUCGCUCAUAUUAACCACAAAAAGAAACCAGCACAUUUGGAUUGGUUCGGUUGGUGUACAUGGGAUGCUUUCUAUAAAGAUGUUAAUGUACGAGGCAUUAAAGAAGGUCUCGAAAGUUUUCUUGAAGGAGGGUGUCCACCCAAAUUCUUGAUUAUCGACGAUGGGUGGCAGGAUACAUUUAACGAGUUCCAGAAGGAAGGAGAACCUUUUAUUGAAGGAUCACAAUUUGCGAGUAGAUUAGUUGAUCUCAAGGAAUGUUCCAAGUUCAUGGAGUCAGCUGUAGACGACACUGCAUGCAAUGAUCUGCGUGAUUUCGUCAAAUUCAUCAAAGAAAAAUACGGCAUGAAAUACGUGUACGUUUGGCAUGCAUUGGCUGGAUACUGGGGAGGGCUUUCACCAUCAUCCGAAAAAUUGAACGAGUACAAUCCGAAGAUCGAAUAUCCGGUACAAUCUCCCGGCAAUAUUGGAAACUAUCGAGAUAUAGCAAUGGACAGUUUAGAGAAAUACGGAGUUGGUCUAAUAGACCCUAAAAAAAUUUACGAAUUUUAUAACGAUCUUCAUAGUUACCUUUCGAGAUGCGGCGUUGACGGAGUGAAAGUAGAUGUUCAGAAUCUGAUCGAGACGUUGGGCGCAGGGUAUGGCGGUAGGGUCUCCCUCACCGGAAAAUAUCAAGAAGCAUUGGAAGAUUCCGUCGAAAGGAAUUUCGAAGGGAAUAAUCUUAUUUCGUGUAUGAGUCAUAACACGGACUCUAUAUACAGUUCGAGGAAAAGUGCUAGUGCGAGAGCGUCGGAGGAUUUUAUGCCGUGGGAACCUAUGUUUCAGACAUUGCACGUUGCUUCCGUGGCGUUUAAUAGCCUUUUACUUGGGGAGAUUGUUGUCCCCGAUUGGGACAUGUUCCAGAGCCAUCAUCACACGGCAGAAUUCCAUGGGGCAGCACGAGCAGUCGGUGGAUGUGCAGUUUACGUGAGUGACAAGCCGGGGAUGCAUAAUUUCGAAAUACUCAAGAAACUGGUAUUGCCCGAUGGCUCGAUAUUAAGAGCUAAAUACGCCGGACGACCUACACGUGAUUGCUUAUUUGCAGACACGGUUAUGGAUGGGAAAAGCUUAUUGAAAAUUUGGAACUUGAAUAACUAUUCUGGAAUUAUCGGUGUUUUUAACUGCCAAGGAGCUGGAAUUUGGCCAAUGAGAAGUGGACCGGAAAAAAACCCUAAUUCAUCGUCUCUAGUUUUAUCGGGCUGCGUGAGUUCUCAAGACAUCGAUUUUCUUCGAGAAGUAGCUGACGAGAGUUGGACAGGGAAUUGUGCUGUCUAUGCUUUUCAUACUGGAUCCCUUUCUCGACUGUCGAAAGAGGAAAGUGUCCAAGUGUCUAUAGCCACUCUCGAAUGUGAAAUAUUUACGAUUUCCCCGAUAAGGGUUGUAAAUGAAACGAUUGAAUUUGCUCCGAUUGGGCUGAUCGAAAUGUACAACUCUGGUGGUGCAAUUGAGGGUUUAAGUUUCACAACCGAGCCGUCGGGAUGCAAUAUAAGAGUAAAGGCACGGGGCUGUGGCCGUUUCGGAGCCUACUCGAGUAAGAAACCGAUUUAUUGUACAGUCGAUGAAGAGAGACAAGCGUUCACAUACGAUUCGGACAACGGGUUUCUGGUAAUUAAACUUGAUGGUGAAUGCAAGAAUUGGGAUAUUAAUAUCCACUAUUAGUUUCGAUUUUAUUGGAUUUGAAUUUUUGCUCGAAAUUUUCUUCAUAGGGAUCCAUUUAUCACCACAAGUUAUACGGGCUUAUGAGACACUACACCUGGUGAAAUACACCAUGUGGUUUUAAACCGUAGAUCUACAUAAAUAAAUGUCCACUAAGCACACAUACACAUAUGGGUGUGUGUGUUACUAUAUGUAGAUCGAUUGUGUAC